AUGCCUCAAACGGGCGGCUCUCGCUCUCCGACGGCGACGUCAACAGAAGGGCGGAGUGCAGCUGGCGACUGUACCCCGUUAUCCCCCGCUGUCUCCAGCCUUUCUCAACAUGUGCUUGUACCGAUGGGAGAAAAGGAGCAGAAGGCGUCAGGGAUAUGCAGACAGGAGAAGCGAAGGAUCGUGGCGGAGAUCUUUCGGAAAGAUUACAACGCACACGGCUACAAGUGCAUGUCAGUCGCGAGGGUCGUAGCGGAGAUCACCGGCUAUCCCUGCAAAAGUACGUCGGCUUGGUACGGUAUGUGGGUGAAGAAUCAUCCCAAUUUCGAGUUCCUCCCAGAUGAACUUCGAUUCACUGGGAGCGAUCGCCUCCGUAUCGAAGCUCCUUCGAAGCGCCAGGUACUCAGGGACUUCAACGAGGCUGAGCGCCUACGUCAUCCGCCUGUACCCAGGAUGGCGUUCACCGAUGGCGACGCGAGGGCCAUGGCGGAUUACAUCAGUCGGGUACCGGCAGAUUCUGCCCGUCGGCGCGCUUACUGGACAGACUUCGCACACGACGCUAUCAGGGUGGUGCCCAAGUGGCUAGUUGCGAAUUAUCCCCAGUAUUCACUCUCAACGUGGAAGCUGCAGUAUGUGGAGUGGCGAUCGUACUCGGGUCGAUACAGGGUCAAGACCGAAGAGCCUGCUCUAGUCGUCCACACCGAUCUGUUCCCACCCUACCUCCCCCUCGUCAAGCAAGGCGUCACGCUCGACCAGAUCGCCUCGCAGCUCUUAUCGGAUCAUGCUACACUCGGUCACUCCCAGUCCCUCUGGGGCUUUUGGUUUGGCAAUUGGCUCAGAGCGAGCGACUAUGAAGCCACCGCUGUAGCGCAAGCCAACGAAGCCGAGACGAUGCGAGCGCAGAACAAGCCGCACCGCCCCAGACUCGAGCUCGCCCAGGCGUUCAAGAAGAACUUUGACGGACCGGGAUUCAUCGGUCCCGUAGUGGCCAAGGCGCUAGCAGAGAAGAUGGGAUAUGGUCUCGAAAGUAUGGCGGGGCUAUAUAUUCAAUGGCGGAUUCGCCAAGGCAAAUUCAGCUCUCUCCCGGAAGAGGUCCAAUAUUCUGGGCCGGUCAUCGAUGGAACGGUCAGGAUCCGGAAGCAAGCUGCGAGAAAAUCGGUGAUCGAUCCCCACGCGCCUGCGGAGAAAGGGAGGGUAGAGCGGUCUCGCAUUGCCAGCGGGUCUGGACGUGGAGCGAAGCGGAGGAGGAUGUCGACGUCUGAGGCGGCGGCUGGUUCCGCCUCUGAUUCGUCGUCACCUGGGGCUGUAUCGGGAAGGUAUAGGGAGGACACGGAGGAUUCGGUCGACGCGGUGGACGGUCUUGCGUUGGGGAAUGAUGAUAGUGAUGAAGAUUGGAGGGCGUAG